CCAGAAAACACAUUGGCCUCGCUCGCUCCCUUGUCCUCGCUCGAUUCCCCUUUCCUCCAGCCGCCGCUAGGGUUCCUGACCCGCCACCCCUCCUCCCUCGACGAAUGUGGCGGCGACCCUGCCGGAGAAGACGAGCGCCACCCGACGCGCCCAUCCGGCCGGCCGAACAGUGCUCAGCGCCACCUCCUCCGACCCCAUCCUGCCAGCCCCUGAGGUCCUCCGCCCCGCCGGCUCCGACCGCCCUCCCCGCCGUCCUCCGCCGGCCCCGACGAGCCCAUCCAGCCGGCUGUUGCUGUCCUCUGUCCGCUGCCUCGAUGGAGAAAGAAAAGAAAACCAAGCCCCCUAAAGCAAACUGGGACAGUGCAGCGCAUACCAUUUUUAUGGAUGCAUGUGUAGAGGAGGUGCGAGCUAAUAACCGUGGUGGCACCACUUUAACCGACAUUGGAAAAGCUAAUUUGGUUAGAAAGUUCAAUGAGCGCUCCGGGAGAAAUUAUUCUUCCGACCAACUGAAGAAUAGAUGGGAUAUAUGUAGAGCAGACUACAGUGUAUGGAAGACAUUGACUCGGAAAGCAACUGGCAUUGGUAGAGAUGAAUAUACGAAGACCAUUGCAGCUACAGAUGAGUGGUGGGCAUUGGAGAUAAAGGCAAAUCCGUUAGCUGCCAAGUUUCGGUAUGCUCCACUAGCAGAGGAGGACAAAAUGAGAUAGGUGUUUGAUGCUUGCUGUGUCACAAAUGAACAUGCUAGGGUGCCAAUUCCCACAUAUCAAAGUGGUUCAUCUCGCUUUAAUAUGGAUGGUGAUUCAGGUUGUGAAAGUCAUGAUGUCUAAGCUACACCUCGUACGAAGCGUGCCAAGAUUGGGAAGAAGAUGCCAUGUUCUUAUUCGCCAAGUCCUAGGAUGAAUGAGAAGUGGUCACAUGAAAGUGUUAAAACUGAUGCACGUGUACAUAUGGUUGACCUCUUUGGUGCAAGGGAAAAGAGAAAGGGAAACCUAGGAGAGGAUACAACAAGAAAGGAGAUUGGAGACAUGAUGAACAUGGUGAUUGCGGAUGGUGCUAAACCUGGGAGUGAUGUGCAUUUCUAUGCUUCCUAUCUUAUGUUGGAAAGGAAAUAUCGUGGUAUUUUCGUAACAUUCAAGGAUCAUGAACCUAGUGCAAGGCUUCGAUGGAUAGAGAGGACAUGGGAGCUCAACAAAAAAUAAGUAGAACCCAACUAUUUGCUUUGAACUUGUAAUGAUGUGAACCGAUAUGUAUCAUUUGCUUCCAACUAUUUGCUUCGAAACAUGUAAUGUUGUGAACCCAGCCCUUUGCUUCCAACUUGUAAUUUCCUGGACAUGUUUGCUCUCAUAUGCAAUGUUCACUUGUUCAGAACAUAAUUAUUUGCUUUGGAA